AUGCUGAAUAUACCCUCUUAUAUUGAAGAUCCAAGCUACAGAUACCAAAUGCCAGCUCUUCAAAUAACAGGGGAAAGCCGCGGCAACGGUGUCAAAACAAAGCUUAUCAACCUUUCAGAUGUUUCCAGGGCCUUAAAUGUGCCUGUUGAAUAUCCUCUCACUCUCCUUCAUGAGUAACAAACUAAUGGAAAAAAUCCCUAUUUUUUGGGUAAAAUCCACUUUGUGCGAACAAAAACGUUUUAUGAAAAAAAAAAAUUUAUAUAUAAGUGAUAAUUAUUAUAGUGAAAUCUCUAAAUAAUUCUAUUCUAUUUAAUUUUAAACAGCUUGCAUUUUUAAACAUACAUUUUACAAAUUAAAUUAAUAUUGCUUUAAAUUAUGUCGAGCCGGGAUAUUAUUAAAUUUUAAAUUUAUGAUAAAAUUUAUAUAUAAAUGUUUUAAAAAAAAAUUAACCUCCUAGUCAGAGAAAAAAAUUCUUUUUGCUAACUGAUGGAGGGGGAGUCAGGUUCUUUGCCGCAGAAUUAGGUGCAAGCUCUGAAUACAAACAAUCAGAAAACAAAGCAAUUCUGAAAGGCACUUUCCGCAGAGAUUAGAUUAACUUAAAAGUUAAAAUGGGUCUUCGGGAUUUAUUUCAGCCCCUCUCCUCCUUCACCGACUUCUGAGUCCUCGCCAAGCAUCGGUUAGCACUAACGUCGUUUUCUGUCUGCAUCACCAAAAUAAUUAUGCCGCCAUUUUUUGGGGAGACGCACCUAGUGCUUCCUUAGACAGCUCUUAGUAGUCGGCAUGAUGGAAGAUAGGACACUACCCCAAAUCCUUCUUCUGAUCCCUAUUACCGUUUGCAUCCAGAAAUGUGAAAUUGUCUUAUGGACUCUGGCUUUCUUUUUUGUGGUAUGGAGUAAAACCCCUGCCGUGGUGUCCCGAUAAGGGAGAAAAAAAACUCACUCCGCACACAAAAGUUCCAGACCUGAGCGCUUUUUCCAAAAGACUGAGGGUAUAGGAGAAGGAUGGCCGAUAAAUCAUCAUUUUAUUUGUGUUUUCCCGCAGAGAAGAUCUCCAAAAGUUGCUGGACCAAUUCAUUGAAAAAUUUAUACUAUGCUUUAAAUGCCAUUUACCAGAAAUUUCUUAUCGGUUCAAGAGAAAUAUCCUUAUCGCAGACUGCAAAGCCUGUGGCAAUGUGAGGCCUAUGGACAUGUCCCACAAAAUCAGCAAUUUCAUACUUAAACAUCAUCCAAGGACUGAAGAAAAGCCACCCUCGACAGCUGAUAAGAAAACAUCAGGUAAGAAAAAAUCAUCAAAAAAGAAAAAAGAUAUAGAAUCUGACGAAAAAAUUACAUUGGAGCACCCAGAUGUGCUAGAAGCACUGGAAAGAAUUUCACAUCAUUUGGAAGAAAGCCCAGAAAAGAUAUGUGAGCACAUCAAUAAUAUUUGCAUUGCUAACAGCUUUGAGCCUGAUUUUAGAGUUUAUAUUACGCUGAAGUCGAUUUUUGGGCAGAAUCUAGUUAGACUACUGCAAGAUCCGGCAAAGAUCUUUAUAUUAAAGACACAAGCGGAGUCAUAUCCUGAAGAGCUGAUAAUGUCUUUGUCAGUAAUUUACAUUCCUGAUGAAAGUUUUCAUAGCAGAAUAUCAAGAAUCAUGAUGUCUUUGUACGAAAACGAUGUUUUAAAUGAAGAAUUCUUGACAUCUUGAAGUGACGAUCAAGCCGUCUUUAAUGAAUCAUCAAUAAUUUACAAUCAAAAUUUCUUAGACACAAUGAAAAACUGCGCAAAAGAGUUUUUAGCUUGAUUAGAAAGUGCAGAAAGUGAGGAAGAAGAUGAAGAGGAAGAGGUAGAGAACAAUAAAGAAGAAACCAAAGAAAAUAACAAACUUUUAGCCCAGAAGCAAAUCAUCCAACAGCAGCUUGAGAAGCAAGCUGAAGCUUCAAAGCCAAUAGCAGAGAAGACUAAUGAAAUUGCUAACUCCCCCCCCUCCGUGAGUGAACAAAACCAUUAGAAAAAUCCCUAUUUUUUGCCCAAAAACCCCACCCUCCGUGAGUGAACAAAAAUUUUUUUAAUAGAAAUUUUUUUUUAUGGAAAUAAUUUUUGAUAUAUAAAUGAUAAUUAGUAUAAUGAAAUCUAGAGCUAAUUCUAUUUAAUUUUAAACGAAUUGCUCUUUAAAACAUAAAUUUUAUAAAUUAAAUUAAUAUUUGCCUUCCAAUUUUUGCGAAUUAGGAUUUUUUUAAAUUAGAAAAAAAAAAUUUUUUAUAAAAUUUAUAUAUAAAUUUUGUUUUAAAAACAAAAUUAACCCCUCCGUGAGUGAACAAAAUUUUUUUGCUCACUCACGGAGGGGGGGGGAGUAAAGAGAAUGAGAUAAAGCCAACUGUUGAUUUGAUCUCUCGUAUGCAAAUUCAUGAAGAAUUUAGCAUUGAUGAUAUUUAA